AGGUGCAGCAUAUUAGCGACAAAGACAUGUUUACCUCGAUAGCAUUAUUGUUGAGAAAGAGAAUAAUUAUAAAAGAAGCUACCGCUCCAUGCAUAUAGUUGAAGCUAUAAAAGAGGUAGCGUGAGUUGAAGAGCUAGCAGACUAAUUUGACUGUGAGAGGAGAAAAUGAAGAUAUUCACAGCUGUCACUCUGGUUGUCUUCCUGUGUUGCCUGGAGGUGGCCCUCUGCUACACCUCAUGGCCAGCUGCAAGCCUCGGGGAAGACCCCAGGGACUACCUGUUGGACGACCAGGAAGUACUGGAGGAAACACUCUUCGACGUUUUGGAAAAACUCAGGGAAUGCUCGAAAAACCUGGAAGCCAGGUGUUGAAAACGGCUAUAGCUCAGCAAGGUGACGACAUGCUGCUAAUCUGUCAUUUUACGGAUGGUUGCAGUGACAAUGGAUAUGUAGUUUGGUCUGGAGAAGAAUGCUGCGAUUUUGGACCGGGUUUGGCUGUCAAAGUGUAUUCCGAGGAAGGGGAGGAAUGCAUCUCUUGUACUUAGUGGUAGAUCGUUUAGUUGAACUGUAGUAUUUUAGUUGUCACUGCUGCUGUAGACUGAUCACAAUAGAAAUAGAGCUCGUCAAUGUCAUAAUGAAAAAGUGUCGAACU